GUCCAAAGUUCUUCACUGGAAAUGGAUUUCCCAAGAAAGAGCCUUGGCAGAUGUAUGCUAGUACGACAUUAGCAGCCGCCACGUCUUUUGCCCUAGCGAUGAUGCUCUAUCCCGAGGCGCAGAAGCGUGCUCAGGCAGAGAUCGAUGCUGUCGUGGGCCAAGACAGAUUUCCCACUUUCGAGGAUGGAGAACAGCUUCCGUACAUCGGAGCGCUCAUCCAGGAGGUCCUCCGCUGGGCACCCGUGGUACCGCAAGGGCUCCAGCACCACGUGAUGAAGGAAGACGUCUAUGAAGGGUACCGAAUACUCAAGGGUGCGAUUGUGAUAGCAAAUAUCUUUUCGAUCUCGCGCGAUAAAGACAUGUAUCCCGACCCAUUGGAGUUCAAACCUGAGCGCUUCCUCGGCUCCUCUCCCCAAGUGGAUCCACACAAAUUCGUCUUUGGAUUUGGGCGUCGAUUCCAUUUUGCCGAAGCGUCGUUAUACCUCAAUAUUUCUUGUACCCUUGCUGCGUUCACGAUCGCCGGACCGCUCGAUGAGAAAGGUGAAGAGUUCACACCUCCUGCAGAAUUCGAGAGUGUUGGUCCCAUCCGGCACCCUAAACCAUUCAGGUACAGGUUCGUCUCAAGAAACAAGGAUUUGUUGGCAUCUCUCUCGCAAUAGCCAGCUCAUCAGUCAACUUGAGCUAAACUCUCCGGAUUACAGCUAGUGUGUUCACGGUUGAUCACAGUUCGCUCCGAGACUUGGCAUUGGAUGACUUUCAUCUUCUCAAAACAACAAAUAGGUGUAACUGUAAUCCAAAUUUCAUGCCAUGACGGCUUGUGCAUACUUCUUAAUUACUGGGACUCCCCGCGACUCGAUCCUGCCGUCCAAUUC